UCUCUCUCUCUCUCUCUCUCUCUCUCUCUAAAUUCCUGUUCUGUGCUGUCUCACGGCACAGCAUUCAAACCCCAGACCGAUUCCUCGAUACCAAACAGGCAAACAAACAAAAAAUCCCCCAGUCACAAAAACCCUUCCCUCUCUACAAUCCCGCCCUCGAUUCUUACUCUUUUACGAUCUUGCCCCUCCUCCUCCUCUGCAACCUCUCUUCUUCUCUCCCCCAAAUGCCUUUCCAUUUUGUUGCCCUUUUCUCCAUUGCACCACGAGCUGGAUUCAAUUCCUAAUUCAAUGAUACUCUCAGAGCCUUUCUUCUCUCAAUCCUGCUAGAAUUUCUGCAUGAAGGAAAUUUGUGGGUUAGUGUUAUUUAACCUCUGAAAGUGCGUUGUGAAGCUAUUGGGAAAUUCCUUUUUGUGCCUGCAGAAUAAUUUGAGUUAUUAAAGGCGGCCUCUACAGGAGGAAGGCAGGCGGCAUUCAUUUGGCACUAGCCUUAUGCACCUAGACUCGCACCGUGUUUUGGGCACAAGGCUCUAGAAAGGAUUGGAUUUGAAAAUAUGGUGAUUAUGGCAGUGGGUUUUGAGCUCUUGGAGGUCUCCAGGAAAUCAAGGUGAUUUUGUUGCCACAUCUAGCUAGACUUUGAAACAUUUGACGCUACAAGAAACUCUUUAUUUGUUUUAAGAGUUCUUGAUGGAGCUCAAGGUUUCAUCACUAAGGUCAGGAUGCCUUUCUCCUCCUGACUGCGCCAGUGAUCCUGAGGAGAAGGAAGUCAGUGAUGAGGAUGAUGAUGAUCGCAAUCAUAAGCAUCGUAGAAGGGAGACACGUUCUCAAUCUUUGGAGAGAGAUUCUCUAGAACCUGUUUUUACGAGGUCAUACAGGAAGCACCAUAAACCAUUUGAAAAUGGACAUUCUUUUAGGGAGAAUGCAUGUCAAGGUAGUGAAACCUGGAAAAACUAUAACACCGCUCCUCUAGGUAAAGAUUUCACCUCAAAGUUUGAAAAAAGACAUCUUGGAAUGGCAUCAUUGCCACGAGUGGGUAUGGAUUUGAAUCAAAGAAUCAGGCUAAACCAAACAUUUUCUGGAGAACAUGGUCCUGGUAAGGGAAGAGGUAGGGACCCUGGUUCUUGGAAGCAGUGCGAUUCUAGGUUCAGCUCAGUUGAUAUUGCUUCUCAAAUAGUUCAGCAAGGGUCCAUUAAUCCUUGUCUCUUUGCAGGAAGGGGAUUGCCAAAUGUAUCGCAUGCACAAAAUGCUUCCUGGAAUGCAUUUGGAUUGAUUCCGGGAGUACCCAAUGGUGGCCUUGAUGCACUCCAUUCCAUUGGUUUGCAAGGAAAACUCAGACCAGCAGUAAAUUCUUCAUUAAAUUUGGGCAUUCCCCGCCAACAGUGCAGAGACUUUGAGGAGCGUGGAUUUUGUCUAAGAGGGGACAUGUGUCCAAUGGAGCAUGGUGUCAAUCGCAUUGUUGUUGAAGAUGUUCAGAGCCUUUCACAGUUCAAUCUCCCUGUUUCACUUCCAAAUGGACCACUAGUGGGAACACCUGCUGGACCAGGGGCUUUACCAUCAGUUGGCGCUCCUUCAACUACAUUGAUGAAUAGCAAAGUGCUACAUAGCAGAAAUAGCAAGCCUGGAAUGUUUGAUGGUGGUAUGGGCUUGAACGGUGGAUAUUCCUGUUCUGCUAGUGUGAGUGGAGCAGACUUGUAUGAUCCAGAUCAGCCACUGUGGAAUUACAAUGGUCCUGAAACAUCAAGUGCACUCUUAGCACUACAUCCAUCCAAAAAUGAUGAAACUGAAUCCUUCAUGAGUGUUGAUGCUUCUGACCGUCAUAAUGUCAUGUUGGAUGAUACUACUGACAAUGAACGUGCAAUUAGAAUCACUGGGAAACCUGUUGGUUCACAAAAUACAGGUUCAUCUGUAUGGGGUAGAGUAGGUCGUGUGAAGAAUAGAUUAGAUGUGAAGGAGAAAACUGAUUUGACAGUGAGUACCUCAGAUCAUGGGGAGAAUGAAAUGAAGGAGGAUCAUGAUGCAUUAACCAACAUUCAAGGUACUUACUGUCAAGGAAAGCAGAUGAUUGCUGAGGAUGCUGGCCCCAAAACUUUGGAUUCAGCAGCCAGGAUACAGAGUGAUACCGUGUGUAAUACAAGGAAAUCAUCUCAAAAGGCACUGCGUACACUAUUUGUCAGUGGCAUUCCACAGAAAAACAACAGGAGGGGUGCUCUUCUUUCUCAUUUUCAAAAGUUUGGGGAGGUUAUAGACAUUUAUAUCCCAUUAAAUAGCGAGCGAGCUUUUGUUCAGUUUUCAAAAAGGGAAGAUGCAGAAGCUGCUCUAAGAGCACCUGAUGCUGUGAUGGGCAAUCGCUUUAUUAAACUAUGGUGGGCUAAUCGCGACAGCAUACCUGAUGAUGGCAUAAGCAGUAGCAGUGGUGUAUCUGUAACUCCCCGUGGUGUGCCAGCUGGUUCAGUUCCACCCCAACCUUCAAUUGGUAAUAGAGGAAAAGAUAAUCUUCAGUCUGCUGUUCCUAAGGGUACUAUGGUCGCUCCCUCUGAUGUGUCUAUUCCUCCCACUGAUCAUCCUAAGCCUAUUGCAAAUGGUCCCAAGGUUCCACCUCCUGUGCAGAAAAAACUAGAGUUAGAACAAUUGAGGGAGGAACUCCGCAAGAAGCAAGAGAUGCUGGACCAGAAGCGAAAUGACUUCCGGCUCCAAUUGGACAAACUUGCAAAACAAGCUACAGGAGUCAAAGGUGAGGUAGUGGCUGAGCCUGCUGGUAAGAGACAGAGAGUAGGAAUAGCAACUGAUGUUGCAAAAACUACCACUCCAAGGUCCUCUGAUCCUGUCACUGGUGUGCCAUCUCCAGGUGCAGAGAUGAUAGUGGAGAAGAAUAAAUCAGUGGAAAAUGUCAUAUCAUCCAGUCCCAAAACAAGUACAUCAUUGAUGCAGCUAUACUCUACAGGCUCAAAGCAGACAAUUCAUCCAGUGGCACCUUCAGGGGUUCCCUUUCUGAUGAAUAGAUACAAGUUGGAUAACCGGCCCACAGCAUUUAGAAUCAUCCCACCCUUACCACCUGGUUUGACAAAUGUUGAUGCCCUGAAGGAAUUCUUCUCAUCACAUGGUGAACUUUCUGCUGUUGAACUAGAAGAUGUUGAUGCCUGUAAUACUGAUAUUGACAGGUCACAGAUGCCAAAAAGUUGCUCAGCCCGCGUGACUUUCACAACUCGCCAUUCAGCUGAGAGGGCAUUUUUAAAUGGUAAAUGCUGGCAAGGCAACAAUUUGAAGUUUACGUGGGUGACUUCUAGUACAGCCGGUAGCGAUAUUUCUGUCAAAGAAAAUAUUCCAUCUGCCUUCAAGUGUACUGUAGAUACUGAUGUUCAGCCCACCGAAAAAUUGGCAUGCGCCGGUUCUCAGGAAGCUUCUGCAUCUGAAAAUGGGGAACCUGAAACUUCAGAAAGAAAUGGUGGUGCUGGCCAUAUGGAGUUGCAUGAAGUUUCCGAGCCAUGCCCAACUUCAAUGCCUGGUGAGGACUCAACCAAAUGUGAGGAUAGUGCAGCAUCAAUGUGCAGCAAAGAAGAGUCAACGAAACGAGAGCUCAGUCCAACUACAUCUGGAGAGAAUGAGUCAAGCAAUACCUGUUGAUGAUGGAGCAAUUGUUGGAUUUGUACAGUCAGGUCAAAAUCGAAUCGAAUCGAUCUCAUGUCUAAUAUUGGGAUUCCAAACGACACCGUCGUCCAUUUGUCGCUUUUCCUCUGGAAUCAUCGAAAGCAUUUGCGAGCUCUCAAUACUAACGGGACACGUGUCAGCCAUCCGCAAAGAAUAAGCACUCUUUUUAUCCAUUGUACUUCUUUAAACUUCUCCCAUACGGGACCACAGUCUCCAGAAAGCUUACACACUCGCCCGCAAAAUCAACUACGACUUCCAAGCGGGCUAUGCAGAAUGUGGCAACAGCAUCUAGCGAGUAACAUCGUAACUAUACUCGACAGAAUGUCUUUUAUUUUAUCAAACGGUACAGAAAACGUGAUGAGUUAUUCACA